AUGGCGGGGGCCGGCGGAGCGGAGGGCCCGCCCGCCUCUCGGGAGCUUCUGGCUGUGGGGCGCCGCGGAGGGCUGGAAGAAACUUUGUUGAUUAGUUCAAAAUGUAGCAGCAAGAAGGCCACAACUUUACAGACAGUUAGGAUGCCGAGGAGUAAUGUUUUGGACCGAGUACAGAGCUUUUUACCACAGAUGGCCCAUGCAAAUGAUGAGCUAAGAAGAAAAAUGGUAACAGCACCAGCUCAUCAGUUUGAUAUUGAAAAUCUAGACAGUGCAACAGAAAAAGUUAUAGAAAUGAAUGUGGCUGUAGUUGAACUGAGUGAUUCUGAUACAGAUGAAGAGAUACUAACUUCAGAAGAUGAUUCGGAAUCUGAAGAUGACUGUAUAACUGAUGAAGUGACAACCGACAACAUUAAGUUUCCUAAGCAAAAGGGAGAAAAGGGCAAAAUAGAAAUUUUGGACAGCAAAGUGAAUGAGUAAAUCCAUUUUAUUUUACUUUAAAAAAAAAAUCAAACCCAAAUUGUGUUUUCUUACUUUGAAGUCUUGGCCCUUAAACUACCUUGUUUCCCAAUAUAGCAUCCCUCAGGAUCAUGUGAAAUGCUAUAGUUUACAUGGUGACAUGGUGGAGAAUUCAGGAUCCACUGAUGACUGAGACAGGCUGGAUUUCUGAGGAAUUAUGUAUGGUUUUAUUCAUCAAACAGCAUGGAAAUGAUCUUCAUCGUAGGUUAGACUAAGAAAGCAGCUGGAAUUUGGGGCACUUGAACUAGUUAAGUUAAAAUUCUUGUUCUCUUGCUUUGUUGAAGAAAGAUUUUUGUAGUGUGCUACGAGAAAUUUUUGCUUGAAGGGCAGUAAAGAGUUAACUAGGAAAAAAGCUUUGUUUUUUAUGUUCCCUGUCCUGUGAAGUGUUAUGUAUGAUGUCUUCGAUAUUAAACGUUAUCUUAAAGUACA